AAAAUGUUAAAUGUUAUGUGGAAAGUUUAUGUUGCAGUAUUUGCUAUAGAAAUGCUUAUAGGAUUUUACCUUUUCUCCAGAUUCUUAAAAAGGCUGUUCGCAAAAAGGACCCGAUGUAUACAUGGAUCCCGGUUACAGAGACCGCUGGGUGAUAUGCAUACGAUGCAGGUGGUAGUCGUGCUGCUAUUAGGACUGAUACCAGCUUUUGGGUAUGCUUAUGAGAUGGUUAUUAAGCAUGAUCCGUGGUGGGCAUACGAGAUGAAUGGAAACAGCAUUGAGAGCAGUUACCAGUUUUUCCAUCCUUACUACAAAGAAAAGCCUAAAAAGACCAACUUCGGAUGGAACAACCCUACAACUUCUACGAUCCUACACAAAAUGCCUAACAUGGAUUUCCGAAAAGUGCCGAAAGUGGAUUUCAGUAAAAUACCAAUGCCAAAGAUGCCAUCCAUUCCUUCUUUCCCGAAUAAACCUCGCAAAAUGUCGGAAGAAAGACGGAGGGCUAUGAAUGCUCGCGAAUGGCCAGAUUGGAUACCACCAAUCAGAAUGAUUAAAUUGCCUUUGGAUGAUCCACCUGCAUUCUAAGUGGCAUUCUGUGAAUGAUAUUUUUUUGCACUAAAUAUUUCAAAAACAUGUAUAUCAAUAGCCAAUGUUCACGAUUCGUUUGACAAGAUAAUGUGUUAUAGUUAUUUUACAUUUCAACUGGUGGAGACACUUCUUAAAAAUGUGGAAUUUAUUUGUUUUUCUAGCACUUAAUAACUUUCCUACGGUGAAUCUAUGUUUCCGAAUGACAUUUGUUAUUCUUUGUGGUCUUUUUUAUUUUUGUAAUUUAUAUGGGCAGGAUAAAUAAAAUAAUUCUAGAAGAACUCUUCGUGGGUUUUUCCAAGAAUGAAAAGUGAUGAGGAAUAUUUCUAAAAUAUCAAGAAUUACAAGAAUGGUGAUAAUCAACAAAUGUUAUUUCAAUCUUUAAGUUUGGAUUAAAGGAUUUUUUUUAAAAAAUCUACAA